AAGUCUGAAACAAUGUUGGACAUUCCUGUGGAAGAAUUGUAUUUGGAUUCCAUUAAAGAUGCUCAUGACAAAAGUGAGAAAGAGCCCUUUGAAAAGCAGUACCAGAUGGGCACACUCCUGGGAAGUGGGGGCUUUGGUUCUGUGUUCGCAGGGCAGCGCAUCUCUGACGGUCUGCAGGUGGCCGUUAAACAAGUGUCCAUCGACAAGGUUCUGCAGUGGGUAAAACUGCCCAAUGAGCCCAGACUGGUUCCCAUGGAGAUUGCUCUACUCCUGCGGUUGGGGGAUGACAAGACAACGGGCCCCCUGCACCGUGGAGUGAUCCACAUGUUGGACUGGUUCGAGAUGCCGGGGCAGUGCUUCCUGAUCGUGUUUGAGAGGCCGCAGCCGUGCCAGGACCUGUUUGACUUUAUUACGGAGCGUGGGGCCCUGGAGGAGCCCCUUGCACAAAGGUUCAUGAGGCAGAUAGUGGAAGCCCUGCAGUUCUGUCAGGCGAGGGGUAUCGUGCAUCGGGACGUGAAGGACGAGAAUGUGCUGGUGGACACCCGCACGGGAGACAUCAAAAUCAUUGACUUUGGCUCUGGUGCUAUACUCACGGAUGCGGUCUACACAGACUUUGAAGGCACUCGAGUGUACAGCCCGCCAGAGUGGAUACUGCAUCAUCGCUACCAUGCUCAGCCACUGACCGUCUGGUCCCUGGGGGUGCUCCUUUUUGACAUGGUGUGUGGAGAUAUUCCCUUCGAUCAUGACCAUGAAAUCGUGCAGGCAAAACCAAGCUUCACUAAGCGCAUCUCCCCAAAAUGUAAAUCUCUGAUUCGUUGGUGUCUACAGUACAGACCAGAGGAUCGGCCAACCUUAGAGCAAAUAUUGUUGCAUCCUUGGAUGGAGGUUUCAAAUGCAUGUGGUGACUUGAUGUUUCAUACAUCAGUGUAA